CUGGAUGUUUCUCUCUGUCUUAGCUCAAGUCUGAGAUCCCAGCCAGCAUACUUAACCUGAUUUAAUGUAUGUGUCUGUGGGAGUGUGUGCACGAGUGGGUCGUAUUCUUUGUUUCCAUGCCGACCCUCAGGAUGGUGUGAGUCUGUUGUCUUUGGUGGACUGAAGGCAGAGAGGUACCCCAUAUUCUGAGCACUGCAAGAAUGCCUGUGCAUCAGAUAUCAGUUGUGCCUAUCGCCAAGGAGACCGGCAGCAUCAGUCGCAGCUCUAGCAAGAUGAGAGACAAGAGUAAAGAGAAUGAGGGUGAGAAAGCACCUGGACGAUCAGGAAGUCGAUCCAGCAAUAUAUCUAAGGCAAGUAGUUCCACCCAGGGAGUCGUGCUGAACAGUUUGUCUCAAACAUCAUUUACACCCUCCUCUCAGGACAUAUGCAGCUCUCGUGGUCAUACUAAACUUGAAGUAGAUGGCUCAGAUCAGACUACACUCGUCAUGCCCAUAAACCCUGCCUCCGCUUCCGCCCCCACCGCAAAGCGACAAGUCAAACGUCGCAUUCGACGGCGACGGGAGAGCAGUGGGACCGGGGCUGUUGGGUGUGUCACAGAGUGUGUGGACCAACCGAGACAUUCACGGUCUUAUAAACAGGUGCACACACACUCAGACUCAUCCUCAGAAGACGAGGAGCGCUGGAGAGAAGCUCGCUCCUGGAGCCGUGAAAAAGCGAGACGGAGACGCAGCAGCGGCAGACAUAUGCAAGCGCAAUCCCGUGAGACACGGGAUGGUAUUGAGCUCAUGUCUGGCAACUCAGAUGAGGGACAGAAAGAGAACCAACCGCCACAGUGCAAGGAACCCAAUGGCAAGACCCACAAAAAGUUGUCGUCAAAAAGGGAGGAGCAUGGGAGCCAAAGCCAGGCAGCAAAUCACAGGAAAGGAAGUGAGCGUGGUAGUAGUAGAUAUGGAAGUGAGGAGGAGGAGCCUAUUACUAAGAAGUAUGAGGAACGAGGCUCAGGAGACCCAGAUAUGGCCGUCCCAUCCCCUUGUAAAUUCACAGAUCCCACCAAUCAGAAUGGCACCACUCCACAAGCAUGCACUGAUGAUGAACUAGAGGUGUGCAGGAUCUGUCACUGUGAAGGUGAUGAGGAAUGCCCUCUCAUCACUCCUUGCCGCUGUACAGGGAGUUUGCGUUUUGUGCACCAGGCAUGUUUGCAUCAGUGGAUCAAGAGCUCUGAUACACGCUGCUGUGAGCUCUGCAAGUAUGACUUCAUCAUGGAAACACACCUCAAACCUUUGCGCAAGUGGGAGAAGCUGCAGAUGUCUACAACUGAGCGGAGGAAGAUCGUCUGCUCUGUGACCUUUCACCUGGCGGCCGUAGUGUGUGUCAUCUGGUCUCUCUAUGUUCUGAUUGACCGCACGGCUGAAGAGAUCCGCCAAGGCAAGAACAAUGCGCUGCUGCGUUUGUCCCUUCUCAAUGCCGUAGGGGUGCUGGAGUGGCCGUUCUGGACCAAGCUCAUCGUGGUGUCUGUUGGCUUUGCUGGAGGACUCAUCUUCAUGUACAUUCAGUGCAAAGUUUACCUGCAGCUCUGGAGGAGGCUGAAGGCUUUCAACAGGAUCAUCUUUGUAGAGAACUGCCCUGACACCGCCCGCAACAGAGAUGACAGUCUGCCCCCCGUCACCCAGAGUAACGGCAAACAUGAGGCAGUGGAGGUUCCUGCACCUCAGACACAAACAAACACUUCCUGUCCUGUGCCCACAGGAAGUGUGGAGGUGGCCCCUGUUUGACAAUGGGUGAGGCAGGCAUGGCUACUUCCUGUCUCUGCUCAAAUCUGGGCAAGAUGAAAGGUGGGUUGCGUCUCAAAUGGUGUGUGGCUUACUGCACUACUCUUCUUGGUGCACUUCAGAGUAUGUUGAUAGAGUAAGGGAAGUCUAGCCAAAGGCUGCUGGUGUAUCUGAUCAAAGCCAUGUGAAUUACAUAAAAAAAAGCACUUUUUUAAAUAUAAAUUAAAACGUUUUUUUUAGGGGGAGGGGGGAUUCACAGUUUAUUUGUCAAGAAGUUAACAUAAGAAGUUCCUAUACUGUAUAUAUACAUCUUAUUGGUUAUAUUUAAAGGUGCAAUCAGUAACUUUUUGCUUGUGUCAUCUUGGACUUACAGUGACGCCUAGUGGUGUGGAUGCAGCAUCAUUUAAAAUCAAUAGUUUUCAGUAACAGAUGCCAUGGUAGAAUUUGAUUUUAACGAUCAGCCACGAUUAAUUUAAUCCAAGAGUGAAAGUGUCCAAUAACAAGAUGGUUUCUGAGAUUUAAGGAAUAUUCCGGGUUCAAUACAAGUUAAGCUCAACUGACAGCAUUUGUGGCAUAAUAUUAAUAACUACAAAAAUUUAUUUUUGACUUUGUGAAAACAAAAGCAAAAAUCUGGGUUACAGUAAGGCACUUACAAUGGAAGUGAAUGGGGCCCAUUUUUAAACGUUAAAAUACUCACUGUUUCAAAAGUAAAGAUACAAGACGUAAACAAUAUGCAUGUUAACGUUAUUUUAGUGUGAUAAAAUCACUUACUAACCUUUCCUGUGUAAAGUUAUAACCAAUUUUUCAACUUGAUUGCCAUGAUGAUGUAAUGUCAACAAACCCUAAAAUUACAGUAAAAAUGCCCAUUUUAACAACUUUACAGCUCAAAUAAUACAUGAGUUUUAACCGAAGAAUUAAUUUAAGUGCUUUUAUAAAAUUAUAAGCUUCACAUUUCUGCCUUUAAACCCUCCAAAAAUUGGCCCCAUUCACCUCCAUUGUAAGUGUCUCACUGUAACCUCGAUUUCUGCUUUCUUUUAAAGAAAAUUCUAAAUUAAUUUUUGUGGUAAUCAACAUUAUGCCACAAAUGCUGUUGAUUGAGCUUAACUUGUAUUGAACCCGGAAUAUUCCUUUAAGCGAGUAGUAUUCAGCUGGUCAUGUGAUUCUAAAAUGGCAGCCCCCACGAGGGCACCCCUGCCCAUUGUAGAAUAAAACUGCUUUUAUAAGGUUACUAAUAUGACUAGAGUCCUCAUCUUACAGUAUGUGAGUGGUCAUGAUUUUAUACAUGCCAAAAUCACAAUUCAUUUCUUUAGGAGUAAAACUGUUUAAAUGGGGAAAAAAUGACUGAGUGCACCUUUAAUCAGAUUAAGAAAAAACUUCAACAUUCUCAACUUGUAGCUUUUCUCUCAAUUGCCAAAACUUACAAAGAAUUCUCUAUCAGACAUUUAAAUUAGACAGGGACCAGGAAUAAACUGAGAUGGCGUGACGAUAGUGAUUACUGUUGUCAGGGAACCUGUCUUGAGAGGCAAUCUGAGCAUCAGUUGCGUUGUAAUCCUCUAAAGCUUUGGUUCUCACCUCAAUUGUCUUUGUACUCUUAGAUCAGGAAUAGGAGAAUCAUUAUGCUGAUUGUAUUUACAGUUUAACUCAAAGAAUAGAGUUAAAUUCAUUGAAUGUCUUGAAAAAACCUAAACGAACCAAAGAUGUUACAAACUGGGAAAGAGACAUGCAUUGGUAGAUGGCUUGUAUUUGUUUAUCAUGUUAACAUGAACUUAGUCUUCAGUAAAGGCUGAUUGUAUAUUCUUGACGUAUUAUGUGACACACAAAGGUAUAUUAUUUUUGCCAGAAUAAAUAGUGCUAGACAUAUUUUUGUUUAUAGUCUGUUUAUAGAUACAGUUGGCAAGGGAGGCAUCUCCCACCAAUGGGGGAAAACAAAUCCCAGUUACCACAGUUAUCAGUUCAGUUCUAUGGGCAAAGUGAAGAGAAAUUUACAAUAUAUAAUUUGCGAUAGAGAUUGCCAUUUCUAGGUCUGAAUUUACACUUUUGAUUUUCAUAUACAGUAUAGUGCUGUGCAAAAGUUUAAGGCACUUGUGAAAAAUGUUGCAUAGUGAGGAUGUCUUCAAAAAUAAUGCCAUAAAUAAUUUUCAUUUAUCUAUUAAUGUCAUACAAAGUCCAGUAAACAUAAACAAAGCUAAAUCAAUAUUUGCAUUCAAAACAGCACCGAUUCUCCUAUGUACACCUGGGUUUUUCUUGGUUGUUGGCAGAUACGUAGGAUGUUCCAAGCUUCUUAAAGAUCGUGCCACAGUUCUUCUAUCUAUUUAGGCUGUCUCAAUUGCUUCUGUCUCUUCAUGUAAUCCCAGACUUACUCAAUGAUGUUGAGAUCGGGGCUCUGUGCGGGCCAUACCAUCUGUUGUAUGACUCAUUCUUCUUCUAUUCAAUUCUAUUUGAAUUGAAUAGAAGAGGAAUGUUCAAAUCUAAAAUUGAUAUUUCCUACUCAUACACUAAAAUCAAAAUAUAUAAAAUAACCAUUUUAAGACAAAUGUUUCUGUAAAAAAUAUAAUGCACUCAAGGCUUUUGCACAGUACUAUAUAUAUAUAUAUAUGAGAUGAGAAUAUAUAUAUAUAUAUAUAUAUAGAUUAUCAUUAGUAAACUGUUCCAACUGGAAAAUACAAUACUAGGACAAUAGUGGCAAAACUUGAAAUAAUUGGGUAUGCAGCAUCUUGCACUGAAUUGCUUGUAUCAACUGUAUUCUUUUAUUCAAGUGAAAAAAAUAAGAAAAUACAGUAACUUUUCUUUGUAUAAAUAGUCAAAUAUAUCAGAAACUUUUCUUGAAUAGGUAAUUCUGAACCUCGCCAAACCUCAGAAAGUGAUGUCUUACUGACUGUAUCUUUGCAGUUUUAAUUUAUAAUUUUAUUCUUUUAAAAACUCAACUUAUGCAGCUUUUCAGAAGGUAUGUUUGAAAGGGUUUGAAAGAGAAUGAAGUUUAUUUAUCUGCAUGACAGAGAUCUGUUAACAUGAUCUGUUAGUUUGGAGGUCAUUAUUAGAUUUGCUGAGUGUUAUUCAGGAUGAAUUCACAGAAUUUUACGUUUUGUAAAGAUUAAAAUUGGAAUAUUAUUUUAUACAGUGAUGAUCUUGAUAUACUAAACAAAUUUUAAGAAACGCUCUCAAUAGACAUGCCAGAUCAACAUCAAUGUAAACAACUCAAAUGCACAUUAUGAAAGAAACAUGCAAAAUCAGUGCAAUAAAUCA